UCUCUAAACCGUAGCCAAAGUAGUAAUUCAUCUUGCUUUUCCUUUUUACCUGAAAAACCCUGUUCCAAGCCAUGGCUCACUCCCCUUUUCUUUUGUUGCCAAAUCUUCAAGGCUUUUGGCCUUCUUUGCUUGCUAUGAUCACUUGCUUUAUCAUUAUGAUCAAAGCCCUAAGAAACAACUUCAUUGAGAACUAUUCCAACAAGCAAAAACCAAAACUACCCCCAGGCCCGAAACCAUGGCCUAUAGUUGGAAACCUUCCCGAAAUGCUUGCAAACAAACCUGCCCAUAAGUGGAUACACAAUCUCAUGAAAGAAAUGAACACCGAAAUUGCGUGUAUCCGCUUAGGAAACGCCUAUGUUAUCCCUGUGACAUGCCCCACCAUUGCGAGGGAGUUCUUGAGAAAACAAGAUGCAACUUUUGCAUCAAGGUCACAAAGUGUGUCCACUGAUCUCAUUAGUAAUGGAUAUUCAACCACCAUUUUUGGGCCCUUUGGAGCCCAAUGGAAGAAAAUGAAGAAAAUUUUAACCAAUGAUUUGCUUUCCCCGCACAAACACCUAUGGCUGCAUGGCCAAAGGACUGAAGAAGCAGACAACCUUAUGUUUCACGUCUACAACAAGUGCAAAAAUGUGAACGAUGGUGUUGGUGGCCUUGUGAAUAUCAGAAGUGUUGCAAGGCAUUAUUGUGGUAACCUAACCAGGAAAAUUAUUUUCAAUACAAGGUACUUUGGGAAGGGUAGAGAGGAUGGAGGGCCAGGUUUUGAGGAAGUGGAACAUGUUGAUUCCAUCUUCGAUUUGCUCAAGUACGUUUAUGCCUUUUCUGUUUCUGAUUAUAUGCCAUGCUUGAGGGGACUUGACUUGGAUGGCCAUGAAAAGAAUGUGAAAGAAGCUUUAAAGAUCAUCAAGAAGUAUCAUGAUCCCAUUGUUCAAGAGAGAAUUAAGCUGUGGAAUGAUGGAUUAAAGGUUGAUGAAGAGGACUGGCUUGAUGUUCUGGUCUCCUUGAAAGAUUCCAACAAUAACCCAUUAUUGACGUUGGAGGAGAUCAAUGCACAAAUUAUAGAAUUGAUGCUUGCAACAAUUGACAAUCCAUCAAAUGCUUUUGAAUGGGCACUUGCUGAAAUGAUAAACCAACCGGAGUUACUCCACCGAGCCGUUGAAGAAUUGGAUAGUGUGGUAGGAAAAGAGAGACUGGUCCAAGAAUCAGAUAUACCUAAACUCAACUAUGUGAAGGCUUGUGCAAGAGAAGCUCUUCGCCUUCAUCCCAUUGCACCUUUUAUUCCUCCCCAUGUCUCUAUGAGUGACACAAUGGUGGGAAAUUACUUCAUCCCUAAGGGUAGCCAUGUAAUGCUAAGCAGACAAGAGCUUGGGAGGAACCCAAAAGUGUGGAAUGAAACCUACAAGUUCAAACCUGAACGCCACCUCAAGAGUGAUGGGUCUGAUGUGGAUUUGACAGAACCAAAUUUGAAGUUCAUAUCAUUUAGCACAGGAAGGCGUGGCUGUCCCGGAGUGAUGCUUGGCACCACAAUGACAGUGAUGCUAUUUGCUAGAUUGCUCCAUGGCUUCACUUGGACUGCACCACCUAAUGUUUCAUCAAUCAACCUUGCUGAGUCCAACGAUGAUAUCCUUCUUGCAGAACCACUUGUGGCAGUGGCUAAGCCAAGAUUAGCAUCAGAGCUAUACCAACUUUAAAUUAAGUAUUAAUGAAGAUUUAAUUUACCUAGCUAGGCAACACAAUAUAUAUGAACAUGAAGCCACAUAUGCUCAAUCAAAUACUGCAAGUAUUAUCUAUUAGACAUAAAAUUAAUUUAGUUAGUUAUUAGAAGUUAUUUGUAUAAAUUAGUUGGUUACUCAAGUUAUAGUUACUAGAAGUUAUUUGAGUAAGUUAGUGUUGGUUACUCUAGUUAGUUAUUUUCUAUCUUUGUAUAAAUACAUCAAUUUUGUAAUACUUUAAUGAAUGAAUGAAUUGAAUGAAUCCUAAAACUA